GGAACUAACCGAAACAAAACAGAGCGCCUCCUCUCUCUUCCAGCUGCUCCUGCUCGGCUUGUUUCCCGUGCCGUUUUCUCCUCCCCCUCCUGUCCCUAUUAAAGACGCGCGCGGCCGAGCUGCCUGCCACCACGCGCUGCUCGCGGCCGUAUUGCUGGCAGGGAUAGAGCGCGCGAGCGAGGGAGAGAGAAGGGGGGCGGGGCGGCGGAGUGGCUCGGGUCUUCUUCCGCUCCUCCUCGUCCUCCCGCGCGCAACAGAUCGGGAGACUCCGUCGCUGAGGCCGCCGCUUCUCCCGUCUGCCCUGCCUGGUAGAAUGGAUGCUCCGGCGCCCAAUGCCGCCAACCCGCCGGCGCCGGCGGCAGCGGAGCCAGCAGCGCAGCCGCGGCGGCUUCCGGACUUCCUCCAGUCGGUGCGGCUCAAGUACGUGAAGCUGGGGUACCACCACCUCAUCUCCCACGGCAUGUACCUGCUGCUGUCGCCGCUCAUGGCCCUGGUGGCCGUGCAGCUCUCCACCGUGUCCCCGGGCGACCUCGCCGACCUGUGGGAGCAGCUCCGGUUCAACCUCGUCUCCGUGCUCGUCUGCUCCACCCUCCUCGUCUUCCUCUCCACCGUCUACUUCCUCACCCGCCCCCGCCCCGUCUACCUCGUCGACUUCGCCUGCUACAAGCCGGGGCCGGAGCGCCGGUGCACGCGCCAGACCUUCAUGCGCUGCUCCGAGGCCACCGGCUCCUUCACCGACGCCAACCUCGACUUCCAGCGCAAGAUCCUCGAGCGGUCCGGGCUGGGCGAGGACACCUACCUGCCCCCCGCCGUGCUGCGGGUGCCCCCCAACCCGUGCAUGGACGAGGCGCGCAGGGAGGCGAGCACCGUCAUGUUCGGCGCCAUCGACCAGCUGCUGGAGAAGACCGGGGUGAGGCCCAAGGACAUCGGCAUCCUGGUGGUCAACUGCAGCCUCUUCAACCCGACGCCGUCGCUGUCGGCCAUGGUGGUGAACCACUACGGGCUGAGGGGCAACGUCGUGAGCUACAACCUGGGCGGCAUGGGGUGCAGCGCCGGGCUGCUGUCCGUGGACCUCGCCAAGGACCUGCUGCAGGUGCACCCCAGCUCGUACGCGCUGGUGGUCAGCAUGGAGAACAUCACCCUCAACUGGUACUUCGGGAACGACCGCUCCAUGCUGGUGUCCAACUGCCUGUUCCGGAUGGGCGGCGCGGCGAUCCUGCUCUCGAACCGCCGUUCCGACCGGCGGCGGUCCAAGUACGAGCUGGUGCACACGGUGCGCACCCACAAGGGAGCCGACGACAAGUGCUUCGGCUGCGUGACGCAGCAGGAGGACGGGGACGGCAAGGUGGGCGUGUCGCUCUCCAAGGACCUGAUGGCGGUGGCCGGCGACGCGCUCAAGACCAACAUCACGACGCUCGGCCCGCUGGUGCUGCCGCUGUCGGAGCAGCUGCUCUUCAUGGCGACCCUGGUGGCCAAGAAGGCGUUCAAGGCCAAGAUCAAGCCCUACAUCCCGGACUUCAAGCUGGCGUUCGAGCACGUGUGCAUCCACGCGGGCGGGCGGGCCGUGCUGGACGAGCUGGAGCGGAACCUGGGGCUGACGGAGUGGCACAUGGAGCCGUCGCGGAUGACGCUGCACCGGUUCGGCAACACGUCGAGCAGCUCGCUGUGGUACGAGCUGGCCUACAGCGAGGCCAAGGGCCGCAUCGGGCGGCGCGACAGGGUGUGGCAGAUCGCCUUCGGCUCCGGGUUCAAGUGCAACAGCGCCGUGUGGCGGGCGCUGCGCGCGGUGGCGCCCGAGGCGGAGGCGGAGAGGGGCAACCCGUGGGCGGCCGAGAUCCACCGCUUCCCCGUCGACGUCCCCAGGGUCUCCAAGGUCGGGAGCGCCUGAGAAUCCGGCCGCACUGCAUGCCGCCGCUUGUCAACUUCGGUUGAUGAUCGCCAUGGCAUCUCCUUGUUUGGCGAUUCGGUUGGGUAUUGGAUGGGGCGAAAAAAUGGUGUUUGAUGUGAGGUUCGGUGGUGUUUUUUAACAUGAUGAUGAUUAUGAUCCAUCAUUUGUGGGUCAGUCGGAGCUUUCUUCU